AUGACANGAUGGCAACAAUUUCACAAGGAAGAAUUCAAGCUCAAGACCUUCAAGGAGGAUGAUGUUGACAUCGCGAUCGACGCCUGUGGUGUCUGUGGUUCCGACGUGCAUUNCUAUCACUGGCGGCUGGGGCGAGACCCCUCUUCCUCUCUGUGUCGGACACGAGAUUAUUGGUCGCGCAGUCAAGGUUGGCAGCAAGGUCAAGGACAUCAAAGUUGGAGACCGUGUCGGUGUUGGUGCUCAGGUCGGAGCCGAUUUGACUUGCGACAACUGCAAGGCCGACCAGGAGAACUACUGCCCCAACCAANNAUUGACACGUACGGUGCCAAGUUUGACGACGGUAUCGUCUCUCAAGGUGGCUUCUCCUCCCACAUCCGCGUACAGGAGUACUUCGUCUUCAAGAUUCCCGAGAACCUCGACACCGCCAUUGCAGCUCCUAUGCUGUGCGCUGGAUUGACAACAUACUCUCCUCUCGUCCGUCUGGGUUGCGGCCCCGGCAAANAAGUCGGUAUCGUCGGAAUUGGCGGUCUCGGUCACUUCGCCCUGAUGUGGGCACAUGCUCUCGGCGCAGAGGUAUUCGCCAUCUCGCACACCAAGGAGAAGGAGCAGGAUGCAAAGAAGCUUGGUGCCGACCACUUUAUCUACUCUGGCGACAAGGACUGGGCCAAGCCAUACGCCUUCAAGUUUGACUUCAUCCUCAACUGCUCCGAUAUGACUCAAGAGUUCGACAUGUCUACCUACCUCGGCACUCUCAAGGUCAUGGGCCGCUUCCACAACGUCGGCCUUCCCGACUACGACCUCCCUGCCAUGAAGGCUCAAGACUUUGCACCCAACGGCUCCUACAUUGGUGCCAGUCACAUCGGUAACCACCCCGAGAUGGUCGCCAUGCUUGAGCUUGCUUCCAAGCAGAACAUCAAAUCGUGGAUUGAAACUAUUCCAAUCUCGGCGGAAGGCUGUGCCAAAGCCGUUACUGGCGUCAAGGAGAACAAGGUGCGCUACCGCUACACUCUGACCGGCUUCGACGAGGCAUUCGGCAAGCGCUACUAG